AUGGUGACGGUGCGUCCCAUCGACUCGAUAAGCAGAGUCUACCACAGGACGCACCAGCUAGUUUACGGGGAACAUAAAAAUUAUAAACCUCUACUGCUAAAAGCUGAUUCCAACGUAACUGCCAAGUGCAAAGUUCCUUUGGCGAAGCCAAUAGAAGUCUUCUCUGUUAGCUAUGGUAGAUUCAAUACGUGUGACAUUAGAGGCGGAAAACUGCUUGGUUCCUUAUACUGCGGCUCAAAUCGUCACAAAAAUACCAAACCUUUGGAUUUUGCUAAUAAGGAAGCGGAAACGUAUUACCUAAUCGGUUUCUCGCGCGAGGAAAUUGAUAUCUAUAGACAUGCUUUGCCAUGUAUUAGACGCGACAUCUACAAAACAAAGCUCAUUGUGCACUUCUGUGAUCCCGUCAUCACGCCAAAAGGAAAAGCAUGCACUAUGAAAUCCUGUCCGUUAGCCCUGGGACUAGGUGAUGGACGAAUAAAAGAUGAACAGCUCUCAGCUUCCUCAGAAUUGGACGACAUUCAUGCAGCGAAACAAGGGAGGGCUUCUUUGAUCAGCUCAAGCCAUGACAGUGUUUUUUGGACUGACAGUUCCUGGUGUGCCGCUCCAACUUUUGAUCUGAGAAGUCAACACUUACAAGUGGAUCUGCUCUCAAUUCAUACUGUGUCAGCGGUUUCAACGCAAGGUGCAGUUACUGAAGACAACUGGGUUAGCAGUUAUCUCGUACAUUACAGCUUUGAUGGUAACGAGUGGAUUGUAAUCACUGAUAAAGGAGGCGAAAUCAAGGAAUUUAAGGGAAAUUCGGACCAGUCCUCUCUUGUUCGUCAUUGGUUGAAGCCUCACCUCCAUGCUCGUUUUGUCCGUUUUGUUCCUCUCUCGUGGGUUGGUCAGCGGUGCAUGCGCGUUGAGCUUCAUGGCUGUAAGAAAGCAGACACAUCCUUGGAACUGCUCAGAGGAAACCUAAAAAGCGGACCUCCCUUCUCACGACGCAAAGGCCUGGCGCUGACUGUUUUACCACUUAUUUUUUACCUCACAGUUUGCGCCGAAAUAACCUGCCCGCCAUAUGCAAACUGCGUUCAUUCAGACAGUGGCGUUGUUUGCGUUUGUCCUAAUUGCUCUCCAAAAGGAGGCAAAGUCUGUGGUUCAGAUGGCAGAACCUACAAACAUUCGUGCCAACUUGAGAAGCAUGCCUGCAAGAAAAACAAGAGCAUUUCAAUCGUUCCACAGGGUGGAUGUGCAGGUAUGUUAGAAACCAUUCGUGUCAAUAAUACUAGUAUCGAGCUUUCUAGUCGCCAAAGGCAUACCAACUGUCCCCCUCAACCGGCUGAGCCUUGGCCCGAGAUAAAAGUGACUCUGAAGACACAUAAGUGACUACAGCUAAAUUCUUGGGCUUACUGUUUUUCAGAAAAUUCAACGCUGGUUCCAGACUUGAAAAUAUCCACUGCUUGAUCUCUAACUAAACCCUUAAACGUUUGCUUUGAUUUCUUUUAAAUAAACCACUACUUUUCUUGUAUACUUUUUUCAGUGGAGGAUAUUACUGACGGACAUGAAUCUAGAACAUUAGGGGAUGUUUUAGUCAAAUUUAAAUUCGUGUUAAGCUGUGACUUUCUCUGGAACUGACGGGGUGACUU